CCCAGACUAUUUCACUUAAAGGCAUAAUACACCAUAUACUUUGAAGCUUUAUUUUCUAAUGUAAUCACAAACACUUUGUUUAUUAAUUUAUUAACAUGCCCACUAUUAUAUUGCUUUGCUUUAUGCACCCAAGUGCUGUCGAACAUAUUUUACUUUAGGAUUUUGAUUUUUAUCUCCUACAGCUGGAUUUUGCUAUUUCGUUUUUAUUUCACGUGCAGCUUGAAUGGGUUUGAGCGUCAGCUCAGCAAAAUGGUUCCAAGAAACAGGACGCGGUCUCCUCUGGCCCUGCCUAGAGCUGAUCUAUGUGUCUGGCCCUGCAGAUGGCACAUGGUAAUUCUCUAUGAUUCUAGCUCUUAAUUAGUUGCUUUCACUGUUUCUGAAUAUACCUGUGGUUAAGUUUGUAUUCAAACACUUGAAAGUACCAUUCCUCAGUCUGGACACAAUUGCCAAGAGUCUAACUUGGUUCUGGACUUUGGUGAACCUGUGUGCCUUGUUAGUUCACUCCCGCAGUUGGUGAGUAAGGAAAUGACCCUUCAAAUUCCUCUGCUUUGUCCUCUGACCUCUAAGAUGAUUUAAUUUUCUAAGUAUUUCCAUGUCAUCAAGGACUCUCUAUUUUAUGGAUUUUACUACAGUAUAUAAGGAACGAAAGAGAGUUCUGUGAUUUUUCAGAUUCUGGAAAUUAAUUUUGAUUGUAAACAUUCCAGACACAUACAGGAUUGCAUGCUAGAGUGAAGGAAGCCUUCCAGACAGUUCUCCAAAUCCAGCAAUUUAUUCAUUCAUUCAAUGAAUAUUUAUUGAGGGCUUGCUUCUUGGGUCCCAGGCUCUAUACUGCUUGCUGAGGGGCACAGAGGUACAGUCGACAGGAUCUCUGGCCCACCCCAUCCCCCCAUCUCUGGCAGUGAGUGUAGUGCUGAUAAAGGACAUGAAUGACAGUCACCCAGAUUAAACAGUGGGAACAGUAAUGAAAUGCAGGAAGUUGCAUUUUUCAAAGGUGAUUCUGUGCAAUGAAGUAUAAAUGGAUAUAUCAUAAACUAGCUACACUGUAACCACCAUUAACAUCUCUUUGCAGUUACACAGCUAAAAAGGAAAAACCCCACUAAAAUAAAAUAACAAAUUUCUGCAAGACACAGCCCAAUAUUAUGGCCUGAAAAUGGCUACAUACAUGUGCUAUCUAAAGAUCUCCAUUGUAAAGAUGAGUCCCAAAAAUGUAAAUACAAAAUCACAAACCUACUUAAAUUUUCUGGAAUAUCCACGUUUUAGAGUCAAUAUUUACUUUAUAUAUCAGUGAGCUUAGAAGAUAACAUUUUGGCUUAAGUGUCUUUUACUAAUACAAUGACAAGGCACUUAAGUUCUGAGAGGAAAAGUAAGUACUGUAUAUAGGUGUACUUUGCUUCUCACUAUGGCUGUGAAAAAGUUAUGUGUAAAUUGAAGUUCUGUAAAUUGAAUUGUAUUUUAAAUGUGUUAGGAGAGCUGCCAUUUAGAGGAAACUUGUAAAUUUUUUUAUAAAGCAGAAAACCAUUUUAUACUACAAAUAAUCACUCCCUAGUUUCUGUUUUGUAUAUUUGAUUUUCAAUAUCAACUUUGCUUAAAACAGAGCCCACCUGCACAAUAAGAGUGUGUUUCGCCAGUGCAGCUUGUGCUGCCAGUUUCUUGGUUGCUAAGGGCUUAUACUUGAAAAUCUGCUGCAGUUUUGUGUGAAUUGAGCUGUCAAGCGAUUCUGUGAUGGCACAGGGACGUUCCUGGACAGGCUGAGUAGCCAACCCAUUUCAACUCAAUUGAACACAGAACUCUUCUGCUCAGCAGCAUCUCCUCCCAGAUGUGGCCGUGAUUCAGCAGAGGGUAGAGUGACUCCUGUAUUCACAUCCUAUAAAGUGCAUAGGGUCACAGGUUUUAUAAUGCAUAUAUGUUAUUAUGUAAACACAUUAAAUUGCAUGUGUGUUGGAAUUUUUAGCAGUAUUUUAGCUUGAAAGUACUUGUGCAAAUACUGUUAGAUUUAGUUGCAAAUAAUUGUUCUCAAGUUAUUGGAAUAAAUGGCAAAUGAAACAAGCUCUCGUGUAAAUACUUCUGUGCCAAAUAUUGACAUUGUUUCAAAGAUAAAUGUCAUAUUUUGGGCUUUUAAUAGGCAAACUGUAAUAUUGGAAAUGUGAUCAAAUGAUAUUGUAUUUUAUUGGAUAAACUGUUUACAUCAUUAUUUUAUACUGUAGUUAGCUUUUAGUUAAUAAACAUUCACUAAAAAUAAACAUUUGAAUUAGAAAAAUU